AUGACUGGGAAGACCCAGACCAGCAACGUGACCAACAAGAAUGACCCACGCUCCCUCAACUCCCGCGUCUUCAUUGGCAACCUCAACACGGCCGUGGUUACUAAGGCCGACAUCGAGGCCAUCUUCGCCAAAUACGGCAAGAUCGUGGGCUGCUCGGUGCAUAAAGGUUACGCUUUUGUCCAGUACGCCAGCGAGAGGAACGCCAGGGCCGCUGUGGCCGGGGAGAACACCAGGGUCAUCGCUGGACAGUCACUAGGUAAGGAUAUUCAGUUUGUAAGAUAUAUUACAAGUUACAGUGAAAACAUUUGCACUCUCAAGCAGAAAACUGUAAUCCACACAUAUACUGAAAUUACAGACUAUGAAAACUGUUUUUAAGUAUCGUUUGAGUGAAUAUGAGCUCCGAAAGUUCAGAUGGUAAGAGGAGAGAAGUGUGAAACAUGAAAAUAUCCACUUCAAUCCUGGCCUUUAAAAUUGGUUAAAUGUUAGCUGAGGUUAAAUGUAUGGACACAUCACAUGGGUUGCACUUAAGACCACUUUCACACCACAUGUCACAUCCCACCCGUUCGUAAAAACACUCCUUCACUGAUGACAGAUGCUGCAUUUUCACUAGUGACAUUCACACACCUCCCUAUAUACCACCAGGAGGAACUCAAGGUUCAGUUUCUCGCUCAAAAACAUCCAUCUUAGAAAUGUCCCGCUCCACUACUGAGCCACAGCUGCGCCAUAACAGACGCUUUAUCUGAGCUCAAAAACAAGGUCCAACUUUGGCAGUCAUCACAAAGAGAGUUUUGUUCUGCUUUUCAUCUGCUCUCUCCUGCUCACCCUGAAUGGAUUCUGAUUUGCCUAACUACCUGUUUACUAUACAUGAUCCCACUUAUCACACAGCUGCUCAUGAAGGACUAAUGCUGCGUUCGAGUUACCUCAAGAAGUCAAGUCAGAACAAAGCUAAAAAAGCAAAAUUAGUGGUGAAAACAAGAUGGCUACAUCCACGAAAGUUAUUUUAACCCUUGCCUUUCAUAGAUGUUGCCAUCUUGUUUCCACCUCUAAUUUUGCUUUUUUCCGACUUGGUAACUGAAACGCUUGUAACUCGGGUUUUACGUCAGCUCGGACUUCUGACUUCCGAGGUCACUCGAACGCAGAAUAUGUUAGCUCAGUGUGUCAGGACCUCCAGGACCCUCGACAGACUUUUAUCAGCCAUCAUGUAAAAGUGAAUUAAUUUGAACUGAAUGUUUUUCCCCUCUUGUCAUAAUUCACGUUAGCGUGAACUUAAAACAACUUUACGUAUUACUUCUAUCAUCACCAAUGUUUGAGGAGAUUUGCUCUGCUGCUGUUGCCUGGAUUGCAGGACAGGGUCUUGCUCCACCUUUUUCGUGUCAGAUCUGGUUGUUAUCUUAUUACUCCAACUGAUAUUAUUUCCUGACCCUCUUAGUCUACUAACUGUUUACACCAAAGUGUUUGCCCACUUAGAAAGUUAAUAAAAAUGUUAGUUUUUGCCAAAGUGUCAACAGACAGAGAUGAUAAACGCUGGACUCUUGCUAGGUAACACAUACAUGAUUUCUAUUAAAACUGGUCUACCCUCUAUCAUUAUAUAUCUGCACUUAAAUCCUUAAGGAGCUCUUUAGUGGGUCUCUUACAGAAUACUUUCUUUUAUUGCCCCAUAAACACACAGCUGUUAUCUCUUUAAUCCCCAACCACCUCAUUCACUUAUUCUGAAAACUUUGUCAUGCAGCAGUUACCCAGUAAUAAAAGAUAAUCACACUUUAAUUUGGGGGCCGUAAUCUAAUGUGUUACUCAUGCAUCGGUGUUUUUAAUGAAUAUAUUUGCAUGGAUUUAGACAUGAAGAGGUUUAAUCUUCACAAGUGGAAAAUUAAACAUGCAUGUUGAGUCCAAAUUAGUUCGAUGAUAGACUUUUAUAGAGCCUUACAAAAAGCGCUGUGUUUAAACAUACACAAUAAAUACAGAACAAGAGGCAGGCUUACAUACAAAAGCAGUCAUAAAAGACGGGUCGAUACCAAUAAUGAAGGAUCGUCUCAUAAACAAUGCAGUUCAAAAGAUGUCCAGCGGUGUAAAUCAACAGAUUGAAUCAGUCUGAAACCUUCACGCAUGUUUCUUCACACUUAAAUUGAUCAAAUAUUAUAUUCAAGUCAAUAUCGUCUGCAGAUUUCAGGCUGCCAUCUGGUUCAAAGUGUUUAUAGGCUGACUGCAUGUUCUGAUGGCAAACUUAAUUUGGUCGGACAAAUUUCUAACAUGGUUUUAAAGCAGGACUGUAAAAGCAGCGCUCGCAUGUGAAUGUCAAGAUUUUAGAGAUGAAAUAAAGCCGCACAAGGACAGACGGACAGUUACAAGACGGAAGCAUUCAUAGCCUGUGGUCCUGUGGGGCCCUGGGUGGAUCCCUGUAAAUCUUCCUUAUAUUACUUAUUGAUUAGUCUGCAGCUUCCUCUCAUGGAAAAUAAAAGUCUUCCCUGAGCCCGGCUCUCUCAUUAAAUAUGAAUCAGAGCGCUCAGGGGUCACAUCUGUAUUUCCACCUCAUGUUUGCCCGGUUUCAUACAUUUUUGCUGAGUGAAAUGACAUGUGGGAGUGGUAAAAACCGUACUGCUGAGAUGUGUUCGCUCUGAUUUGUCGUAUUAUUAUAUGACUCAGGAGCUAUUACUGUACAAAUUUAUGAUCAUUACUCUUUCAGUUCUCGUUUUAAAGCAGGGCUCACGCUGCAGGCUAGAACAGAGAGGUACUUUAUGAUAGUUAAGGGACUGAUUUUUUAACCUUUAGUGUUUUCUUACAGAUUUCCAACCAUUUUUGUUAAUUUUGUACUUUUAAGAGUGAUGUCUGCUGUUGUGCAUAUCACUCUUCUUCCCGGAGAGUCUGAAAAAUCUUCUUUAAAAAUGCCUGAUGGGGCAAAAAUUUCAAGCUGUCAGACAGGAUUUGAAUAAAUCUUAUUAUAAGACAAAGUUAUCUGACUGUAAACAUCCAUCACAGCUUUACAGACUGAACGUGACGGUUCAGUUUUUGAUGUUUUUCUCUCCAAAGUUUUCAGUUCAGUUUGGGAUGAUAAAUCACAUCUUAGGUACACUUCCAUCUGGAGUGGUUGCUUCAAUUUUGUUGGACUUAGUGGCUUUUUUUUGAGGAGGUAGUCUUCUGUCUUUUUCACAUCUCAUGGCAAAUACACUAUAUUAUACAUGUAGUUUAAAGAGAUAUCAGUGCAUAAUAAGGCGUCACAUUUCACUGUCUGUAACGAUAAUGGUGUUGUUAUGUUUGUAAUAGUUAUUACUUAGGUUUGAAAACACUGUUAUUCCCAACACUGAUUAUAUUAAUGUAAAAUUCAACUGGGUCACACAUUUGAACCUUUGAGCAGCCGUACAGAUGAAGUGAGGCAACGUUAGCAUACUUGUACAUGGGUAACACAUACCUGGGGAUGAAGAACAGUGAUAAACCAUAGUGAGCACCAUCAUGAUAUGCAGCCCAACUGUAUCAGCAAUAGUUUUCCACUUUUACCCCUUAUGUCUCACUUGUCAUUCUCGAUGCAUAGUGAGACACAUUUCCUCCUCUCAGCUGCAUGAGAGGAAGAAAUCUGUCUCAGCCAUAGACUGUUUAUAGAAUGGACGCCGUCUGCCUCCUCGCUGGGUGAAGCCACCCCCAAGAACCGCACCCUCUGGUGACGGGCUGCAGUAUAGGUCAUAAAUCCCGCCUCCUCCAGCAAUCCCUACGGAGCUGUGGACAAACUCUAGAAAUUAAUUACACAGAAUAUGAAUUUUUUGUGAUGUUGACAUGUAGUUACUGUCAGACUGGUUUGUGCUCAAGUCCUCUUUUUUUCUGUACAGCUCCAUUUUUAAAAGUUAUUAGGGGGUUCAUGUUUUCUAUGAUUGACACUUGAUACAGCCUAUGGGUGUACGAAGAUUGCGUAGCUCACCCGGGGGAAACACUGUUUGAGCUGAGCGUCAACGCAGUGACUCUCCCGCCGAAUGCGUGCAAUGCUACUGCGCAAUGUUGGUUUCAGGAAGUGGAGAAAAAACGUUAAAUUACCAAGAGCUUUACAGCUUCAAAUCCGUAUACAGGCAGAAGGUGGAACCAAGUUGUCCAUAGUAUGUACAGUCUAUGGUCUCAGCUUUUUGACUAUGUUGAGCUACUUCAUACAAGCCUCGUGUUUACGCCCUGUCAACUGCAAGAUGGAAAUGUGGGUUUGCUUGAGAGUCUCUGUUUCAAUAUAAAACUCAUCAAAAAAAAAGUGUGACUACUCCUUUAAAUGUCAAAAUGCAGCCAUUUGUUUCAAUUUGCAAAAAGACGGCAACUUAAGGUAAUUUUGACAGCGCUGUGAAAAAGGGAGAUGUGUUUAAAUAAAGAUCAGACAUUCAAGUUAAGAAAAGACCUCUGAUAAAACAUUUUCUGAAGGCAGCUUAUUAAAAGACGUGAUUAGUGAUAAAUUACUUAACACAUCUGUGCUGGAUUUUGCUGUGCCAAAAUUUUUUAAGGCUGCUGUCAACACAAACUCACAUGUCCUGUCAGCCUCUCACUGUCUGCCUCACUGCAUUUAAGGCAUUCCUUUCAUUUCUGUGCACACUGGCCAACACCACCACUGUUAUAUUUUCUAAAAAACACAAAAACAACAACAUGGUUUGCAGAGAGGAAAUACAGGACAUCCUAAACAAAAGCACAAUGAGCUUUAAUCAUGGAGAAAAGCACUUCAAACAGCAACAAAGGUGAAAUAAUGCGCUGCAUAACACAGCAUAUUGCAUUUCCAGUGGCUGAACCUUUUUUAUUGUCUGUGGACACACGUGCACACACACAAUAAAUCCAGUAUAAUAACAAUGUGCCAUGAGUGUCAGAGGUAUAUGAAAGGUGCCUGCAGUACAGUAAUGUCCCCUCUGCCUUAGAAAUCCUCUUUUUAUUUCUGCUGCCCCAGUGAAAUUUUAACCCUCACGGUCAUCAUCUUUAAACAUGAACUCUGUAUUUGAUUAAGCUGGGGGACUUUAUUGCCAGAAGUGUCUGCAGUCUGCACGAAAUCUGAAUUUUUUGACAUUUCCUUGAACAAAACACUUUUUUAUUGAAUUACAGAUGGGGAGGAACUGUAGUGUAAAGGUAGGACAUGUGACAGGAGGGUCAGAUGUAAACUGGUAAAGUCCUGAGUUCAUGCAGCUCGGCCUGCUGAGCGACCAAAACGUCUCACGCUCGAGCAGAUUUAAUCGCCUGCGAGAUAGUGAAGCUGCAGAGAUUGCUUUACUCGAUUUAAUUCCUUCUGACAUAACGGGAUUGGCGAGACAAUGGCUUUAAGUAGUUCAUGCAAAUAAAAGUGACAUUCAAUCGCAGUGGUGUUGGCCUCAGACAGCAGCUACUUAGAUGCUGAUGAAGAUAUCUGCUGGUGAUGGAGAGCGUGUGGAGGAGGGAAUCAUUCUUGUGUUUCCUCUGACUCAGCAUUUCUGCUUUCUGCUGCUGUGGAUAAAAUCUGGACAAAGAUGUAUUGAUAUUUGUAAAGGGUCAUUUUUUAUAAUCAGCACUCAGUGUGAUCUGCUUUCAAAUCAUCCUCCGGUCAAAGUGUGAGAGAGCUUUCAAGUGUGAGUGCUGGCUGCUGGUCUGUGAGCGUCUCUCUGUGGUUGGAAAAACUCACUGCAGGUCCUGAUAUUAAUUUAAAGAUACUGAAAAUACUGCUGUUUUCUCACCUUACAAGAGCAAAGCAAAUGUCCUCAUUGAUCCACAAACACUCGAUCUUUUCUUUGGAGAAGUAGUGGUAGACUGUGUCUGCCUUUUAGAUAAGAGUUCAGUAUCUUUUUGCAGGUCUGUCAUUCAGAAUCUCAAGAUAAUAGACCAAAUAAAGCUUUAAUUAUCUGUUCAGGUAGAUAGAGAUAGGACUAAACAAGUUUCUUUAAACUGCUCCUCAAAUAUACGCUGAUUAAUUUGUGCUGAAUUGGGCAUUUAGACUGUUACAUAAGGUUUCAUUUUCACUAAUUAAAGCGAAUGUGAGGUAUUUUUCUCUUGUUUGGAAACAAACAGAAAUUGGAAUAACUCAUAAAAAGCAAAUAGGACCUCAGUUACUCAGUCAAAUUUUUCGUCUUUUGUUAUUUUGCGUCAGAUAAAGUGAUAAACACGACCAAAACAGUUAUAGUUUUCAUUCUCCAGGACUGAAAUCUGGGUGAAAUUCCAUUUUGAGAACACCACACAAGUACAGGACCAAAUCAGUAAAGAGACAGCAGGAACCAGUUUUUCCACAGGGGGGCGCCAAAAUCACCAUCAAUCAAAAGUUCCUUACAGAAGCUUUAAGAAGUAAAAAAAAAAUCACUUGAUGAAAUUUAAGGAAUUGAAGAAACACUGUUGUAGCAACAGGUUAGAGGAGGCUUCAAUAUAUAUGACACAAAUUUAAUAAAUGCAACAUUUAAAGCUCCUGUUAGGAACUUCUGGUUUGUAUUCACUUCUUUGCACAAAAGAAGUCUUAAAAGUUAAGAAGGUGUUUCUUCAGCUGCUUUACGAGCACCUACCCUCCCUCACCAGUUUCAGGGAGUGAAUAUCAAUCUUGUUGCUGAUGGUCUUGUUUGCUUCUGUGUGUCAUAAAAAAGCAUCAAUGUGAAUUUCAGAAAUGUCAAAAAAAAACAAACCCUCAGGAGCUUUAAAGCCCCCUGAGGAACUCUGUGUCCAUUUUGGUGCGAGAACCUCUUUUAUCUUCGAGAAUUUAAUCCAGUGCAGGUAUAAUUUGUGUUUUCUGCCUCCUGCUUUCUUUUUAUAGAAAUUUGAGUCACUCUGAAUAUUUUCUGUCCAAACAGUAAAACUGUUUCUUCAGUAUCUUGCGAAUCUGACUCCUGCCUCCUUCUAAUAUUUGUAUGUACAAAAAACUACAAUCAAGUUACUUUUGUGGUUCAUGAAGGGACAUCAUAGUUUGUUUCAUUACCAUUUAAAACAAUAAAACUCCUCACACAGGCUUACAGUAUGAAAUGGCAUCUAUUUUGCAACUGUGAAUGUUAAACUUCAACUUCAUCCUCUUCACUUGAGAUUAUUCCAUGUUUCUGCUCCGUCUGUCAGGAAGUUUUCAUGAAUUUUUCAUCUGCAUGAACACUAGAUGGUGCUGAGAGAACAGCAGUGAAGUCUCUGCAGCCGCCAUAACAGGGACAUCUUCCACCCUCCCUCGGCAUGUUUGAUUCAUCGGUAUCCUCAGUAGUUUAACUCAUACAGGAAUAGCCUGCAUGUUGUGAGGAAUGUCAAAGCACAUUUUACUGUUUAUGAGACUUAAAAGGAUGCAUUUUAAAGGGCCUAAAAUAACCCUAAAACAGAGCAAGAGCACAGCGUACGGCUUAUGUCUCCUCUUCUCCUUCCCUUGGAUGAUAACAGAUGUAUUUUUAAUAUUUCUCUUAAGAUGUUGAAGCGAGGCACGAUGAAGAUAUUGUCAUUUGAUUCCAGUGACCGGCCCUGAAAUAAUGAAUCUGUCACAGUGACUCUCUGACUUUCUUGUCUUUUCUCUCCGAGAACAAAGAAGCUUCGGGGACGAUUAAGACGUCAAACUGUGCGCGAGACAUCUGCAAACCCUGUGUCAGUGUAAUUAGAUAUUAGAAUUACAAGGCAGAACUCAGACGCUGAAACAGCCAGGGAAUCAGGCAGUUCCCCCCACCCACCUGCUUUUCCAGCCUGUCUUUAAUGUCCACAGCCCAUCCACUUAAAAUUAAAUUUAAGAAAUAAAUAAAGAGAUGAAUGGAAGUCGUGACAAUAAGAGGCUGAUUAGUCUUCCUAGUGCAUUGAAGAAAAGUUAUGUUUGAUGUGUGAGGUCAAACUUUGUUUUUUGAAUAAAGUAGGAUGUAUUUUUAUGUCGCACGAAGACUAUCAAGCAGGAACCACUCACUUAUGACGCUUGUGAAAUUAGGUGUCCUUAAUGUUAACUUGGUUUUAAAAGUUAAACUGUAUUUGAAAGUCUUGCUUUGGACUGCAACAUUUCAGAGCACUUUCAUUCUGCAAUAUCUGCAAAUACAUAUUUAAUUGCUCUCACCCCAAAUUCCCUUCUUUUUAAUGCAUUAAUAUAUUAAUUUAACUUUGUUUAUUUUUCUGUUUUUUAAAUGCAGAAGUUGUGCCAAUUACAUUUCACUGAAUUAAGAUAAUUAUGAAAAAGAAUAGCUUAUCUGCCUCACGCUGUAAAAAAUAAUGGGCACACUGGUUACAUAGCCUACUAAGCAAAUGGUGAGGACAGCUAGAGGAUAAGAACAACAAUAAAGAAUUAACAGUUGGUCUUUAAGCGUGUUUUAUGACUGUACAUAUGCAUUAGAGUAAUGCAAAAAUGUGCAUGAUGAAGGGUUCAAGUACUCAAACAUAUAAAUUAUGAGUGAAUGUUGUGAUGUCCUUGGUUAUAGCUUUGAUAAACCCACUUCCUGUCUGUAUUCCUGCAUCAACACAUCCACUGGUUUCUAAUUUUAUCUAAGAUUUGAGUUUUUAUGCAGCCGAUUGAGUGAGCAAAUAGAUAUAUAGAAAUAGAGAACUGAAAUAGUAGUGCUACUAUCUUAGGAUUCAGCUGUCAUCUGAACUUGGUCUGUAUUGUUUUAUGAUAGUCUGAAUACUGACAAACAGAAAAAUGUUCAUGAUAACCAGCAGCUGUAUGAAGCUCAUGUGUAUGUGCUAAAAAAUGCAGUUCUUUGAGUGUCCACUUGGCUCAAGAAAUCCACAAUGGUUUGCAUGUAAAGAAGCCUGUCUCAGCAGAACCUAACCUGUUUAUAGUGUGGUAAGAAAGUGGUGAUGGUCAAGUUACAAGUUUUGCAUUAUGAGGCAUAAUUAGGGGCGGGGCAGGCUUGACCAGAAGACAGGCAGGGGUGUGUCCAGAGUUUUUCCAGAGUGGGGUGGCUCAUCUAGGGCACUGACAUGGGUGCACACACAAAUUAGCAUUUACCUUCUCUUCACUGUCUGUUAAACUACUGUCGUUAAACUACCAUACAGAUGCAUUUUUUCAGAGAUUUAUAAGCUUUGGGCAUUUAGUUUGAAACACAACAGUGCAACAUAAAAACCACUUGGUUUGAUUCUUUAGAGAUUCAGACAAAAGCUUUUUCGCCAAACUAAAGGCCACUUGUCAAUGCAACAAGACAAAUAACCAAUCAUAGCUUAGGAUAUUAGAGUGGCUCCUAGGGUGGCCAAUCAGGUGGGGUCUGUGCCACCCUUGACCACCCCUCUGGACACCCCCUUGCAGUAUGCCCACCACUGUUUGGCUUUUAAAAUCCAUUAAAGAAACCAACAAGUGCUGUCACUGAGAAAAGUCUAUCCAGUCUAAGGCGCUAACUUGUAAAAGCAAUGUACCGUGUUUUAUGUGGUGUUUCAAGAAAACUACUGAAUAAUCUAUAACACACCCACGAGAUACUAAUAGAUAGUUAAGCUGCCAUAAUAACACUGAGUCUAUCACCCCAGAGGGAGGAAACUUUAAAAUCUUAGCCCCAGGAAAGAUGUCUCAUUGGAUCCCACCACAACAGCUCUAACAAACCCAUCUUACCUGACAUUAAAAAGGAGCUGGUACGAGAUUAAACACUAGUGCAACACUCUUAACAUCAAGCAAACUCAGGCACUAAAUAUAACCAAGUAGACUUCCUUUACCACAAGUCAGUAUUCAUGAAAAUAAGGUUAUAUAAGAUUGUGCCUGUGAUGCUGAUUUGUUGAUGAGUUUGAGAAUUUGUCACACAAAUAUGAUCCAGCUGGCAUCUGGCAUCCUGGCUGACUACCUCAGACGGCAAAUACUGAUGCUUACUGAAACCACUCCGUAACUGAUUUAGGAGUGCUCACCUUUUCUCAUGCAAGGAAAGUCUUAUCUUAUUUUUUCCUAAUUCCUUUCAGUAACUGGGUGACAUGGUGCUGCAGCAUCCGUCAGAAUCAAUGUGCAUUCAUUUGAGUCCCCCACUAUGACACCCGAGCACUCUGCUUUUACAUUGCAGUCCUUUAAUGCCUGACACCACAAAUUAUGGCCAGAAAAUUCUAAUAUUUUUGGAGCAGAGAUGUUUAUUUCACUUACGACUAUAAACAAAAAAAAAAAUCGAAAUGUCCUUAAAAUUUUACAAAUAUAUUUAUUAAUCUUGUUUGAUACAUUAGAUGUUUUUGGAAACUGAUAAACCACAAGAGGACAUUUUUAUCAUUUAUCAGACUGUAUUUAGGUGGUUUUUUUUUUUUUUUUACUUAUUUGUUGAUCAUAUUGAUUUGAUAGAAGUAUAUAAAUGUAUGUAUCAAAUAUGAUACAAAGGCAUUAAAGGGUUAAAAACUCAAAGUCAAAAAGAGUUGUCAUCUUCUUUCAGUUUGUUAGGAAUUUAAUCAAUUAGGAUUACAAUUAUGCAUCUUAAUUGGUAACUCUGGGCUUUAGGUAAACAGAUUAGUGAAGGUUUUCUGACAUCUUCAAGAGUUUUAAAGAGUUUUUGGCCUGUUAAAGGGAUAUUCUGGCGUAAAAUUAAUUUAAGGUCAAACACACCUUAACACCGUGUUAGACACUCACCUACUCUCCUCCAGCAGCAGCUUAUUUGUAGCAAGACCUCAGGCGAGUCCAUUAUGGACUGCAGCGGGGUGACGCAGCUCAAGGUAGAACAUUAUGAUCAUUUCUUAAUCAUUUCCUUUUAGUCAUUUUGCACUGCAGACGCAGUAGUUCUUCUGCCUUAGCGUCUCGGUCUGAUUGCAUUUCCAUGAAGAAAUUAUCAUGAAUGUUCUUCCUUGAGCUGCGUCACCCCGCUGUAGUCCGUAAUGGACUUGCCUGAGGUCUUCUGGAAGAGAGUAGGUGAGUUGUGUUUAGUCUGUUUGCUAAAGAAAUUAGGCAAAGUUAAAAAGAUGUUUGGUGGCUAGUACUAUGGCUAGAACCCAAUAUGCACUGUUGAUGAAGUUAGGUGCUGUUCUGAGCAUUAUUUGUGUCUAUAGAGUGGCGUUUUGGUUGAGGUUUGUUUAUGGCUCUUAAGACCGCUGUGUAUUGCUAUCCUGCGGUCGAUACUAAAGUUGGUAUAACUAGGGAAGCAAGCGGUCGACAACAUUCAUCUCUCAGGAGGGUGUCUAACGCAGUGUUACGAUGUGUUUGACCCUAAAUUAAUUUUACAACGGAAUAUCCCUUUAAAAUGACAAAAGAAUGUAUAGAAAUGACUGUACUUAAUGCCUAUGGUUAUUAGGUGACGAAAAAACUAAAAUAAUACCCAAUAUGUGCGACCCCAAAGUGCGGUUUUUAUUCCAGUUUGUGUAGUUGUUUUGGGGGCAGACAGAGGGAGCUCCCCCUGGAAUAGUUUGACUAAUGGUACAGUCUGAAGCGGCUCUGCUCUCUCUCUGUGAGUGUCUGGAGCUGGAAGUGAACACCGGUACUUUGUCUGAUUUGGGGAGGAGAGAAAGAGACAGGGAGCGGAAAGUCUUCUCUCGAUUAUCGCAGAAUUUAUAUCGUUUUUCCACACUCGGCAUGGCCAUGUACAAAGGCAGGCGUCGAAACCACAGAUGUGAGUAAAAUCUGUCAAUCAUUUAUGACGACUAACUGUUUAAAUGUCCGAAGUUUACGGAGCUGAUAAUGACGGACAGUCCGUAGAAUUAACGUGUUUAACUCUGAAUUGAGAAACUUGCUGCUUCUUGAAGUAUCAAACAGACUGAACAUGUGUGGACUACUUUGCAUGUUUGUGAUGUCCGUCUCUGUUUGGACUUGGUGUGCCUCUCUCCUCAGUUGCGCACUUUGUGUCGGUGUUUUCUUGUCAAUUUCUAGUCGUUUUAGGGCAAUGACAGUCGGUUUUUAUUUGGAAAAUUCACAGUGCAUGUCGUCGUUUAUUGCAUAAAAUAAAGGGUUGACUAGUGUGAUUUGUUUUUAAAUCAACUUUUCACGGAAAUUUCUUUGGAAACGCUACUAUAUUUGGUUAGAAUACAGCGUUGUUUUAUAUAAAUCUACUCUUCAUCUGAGUGUCAGUCUUGUGAUGUCUGGUGUGUAUUCAAAAGUGUGUAUACAGGCAAAGUCUAUAUAUGCUGGUUUCCUCUAGAGGGCUGUUUGGAGGCUGAUGGCAGCUCCAGGUGUGCUGUGCACCUGCAUAAGUAAGAAGCUGCAUACUGAUGGGAAUGGAUUUGCAUGAUUGUAUAGUGCUGCAGCUUAAUGAUCAAUUUCUAAUAUUAAAGACUCCUGUAAUUUAACAUAAUUAUACACUGACUCAUGUUUGGAUCCAGUCAGUGUUGGCUGCAUUCCUAAUGCUUCCAUUUAAUUAAAAUCAGUUAUCAUAGAACAUUAUUAAAAUGAUUUUAACAUUUUGACUUUGGGGUGGGAGAAAUAUGUAACUCUAAAAUUAAAAACUAUCGCUAUCUGUUGAAAGUAAAAGGGUCAGUUAAGAUGCACAUUAUGGGAACUGAAGCAGCUCAGUAACUGUCUCCCACCAGAAAAUGUGAAAAAUAAAAAGUUCAAUUAUAGCAUUUGAUGAACAAGUUAAGAAAUAUAAGGUAACACUUUACAAUAACCAUAAUUUAUAAAUGGUAAAUAGAUAUUUUAUUAAUGUUCAAUCAUCAUUUAAAAACAGCAUAUAGACCAAUUAUGAAUGCCAAGUAGUGUAUAAAUGUAAGUUAAUAGUUACUUUACCAUUAACAAGAAAUGAAACUAUGAUUGAUAAUUUUGUUAAUUAUUAAUUGACUAUUUGUUUAAGGUUUAUAUAGGGUUUAAAUAUUGGUUGUAAAACAUCUAAAUUAAAAUGUGUGUCAGUAGCACUUUGUAAAUGGUUAGUAUUUGGUUUUUAAACCAUCUAUAAACAUUACUUUUAGAAUUGUAAAAUGUACAAUUUACUAAUGGUCUAUAUACCAUUUAUAAAUGAUGAUUGAACAUUAAUAAACUAUCUGCUUAUCAUUUAUAAAUGGCACGUUAUGGUUAUUGUUAAGUGUUACCAAAUAUAAAUGUGGUUCAUUCAAAGACAUGCACUUUUUAUUCAAAAUCAAACCUGAUAUCUGAAAUGUUUCACAUACUUGCUGAUUGACUUUGAAAACUUAAUCCUAAUGUUUAAAUUGAGUAUAAUCCCUUAAAGCUCCUGUGAGCAGUUUUUUUGACAUUCAUGAAAUGGGUUCAAAUUCAUAUCAAUCCCUUAUUGUAAUAUCCAAAAGCAAAAAGGACCAUCAGCAACUUUAUUUAUGAUGUUAAUGUCAUACGUCUGUUGCUUGAAUCUAGUGAGAGGGGGUAGGUGUCACCUGAGCACAGUGGGCAGGUAAAGGAACAUCCCUGUUUUUACUAUUUUUGUGUAAAUAUUCACAACAAAUUAUGCAUAUGUUAAAAACCAACAAUAUAAGAUUUCUUUGUUGAAACAUAAGCAAAGACUGCUUCGUCCACAGGGGGCGUCAGAAAUUAAAGAAAUUCAAAGUUCCUCAUUAGAGCUUUAAGUCAAAGCACAUUGUUAUUUUAGUUAUUUUGGAAUAGUGUAAAACUUAUACGGUAAAGGAUGCAAUCAUGAGAAUAUAGAAAAAGAUUGGAAGAGAUGUGGGAGUAUAACUUUACGCAACACAAGUUUUUACGUCUUUUUUUGCUGUCCUGUGAACCUUUUUCAAGAUAUCAUACAGACUUUUUUAGAUUAUUUUGGGCUUUUCACCUUUAUCUUGAUAGGUUGGUUGAAGAGAGAUAAGAAACAUUGAAAGAGAGGACCAAACCAGGGCAAGAAAUUGAUGCUGUGUCCUAUUCAACAAAGACCGUGGCCUCUGUACAUGGGGCGCCUGCCCUGCCGGCUGAGCCAAAAUGCCCCCUCCUUCAUUUCAAAUCAGCAGCAUAUUAUCAGGGGACCCUCUUGCUGGAGCCACCAGCUUAAUGCGCCGCAGAGCAGAUGAGUGAUGCUGUUGCGUACAGUUGUAUGAGCGCCUUGUGUUUACUGCUCAAUGUUCUUGCAGUCACCUCACGGAGGAGCAGGUCAGCUCUGAACACAGAUGUAUAAGUGUUUUGAAGCAGGUGUCAGCCGCUGGUUUGUUUUCCAGCUGCUUGCACAGAUUUACCAGCUUGUGGUUAUGGUUGAAGUGAUGGAACGACUCAAGGGCUUGUUUCAAAGUAUUGCACUUAAAAGCCACAUAGUUUCAUCAUAAAAAAAAAAUAACCCAGCUAAAACGGAAAAGGAAGAAAAGUGCAUUAACAGCUCAGGAGAGAUGAAAGACUAAAUGAUCGUUACCUCGGGCAAUCUGCUCAUUAUGAUUUGAUGCAGAAUCAACGUUUACUAAUGUUAAGAUGUACCAAAGAAGUUAACUUCUGCGCUGCUGCUGAGUCUCGCGGAAUAAAAAAGAAAUGUUCACUUCCCUAAAGGUAAUAUCCCAAAUGCUAUAAAAUGAUAACAGUCAACACCAGGAUGUUAAAAUCCCACAUCAUGCUCUCCCUAAUGGACUUAGCUCAGCAGGUUGUAUUAAAAUAUUUUUAUUAGCAGCUCAGAAGCAUGGGAAUUGGCUGCCAAAUUUAUGCUCUGCCAAAUAACCAUUUUCCUAAAGAGGGCGAAAGAGCAAAGUACAAGGAAGUCAUUAAGGAAGGACAGGCCGCUUUGUAAUUAAUCUGAGUGUCCCCCUCGAUCAGCCCUGAGGUCCACAUGAUCAGUACCAGGCAGAACACAACAUCGUAGACUGUUAACUGCCUUCGUUUACACGCCUGUCCCUCGACAUUAAAAAUGGCUUUAAUUAUGUGAGUACAUCACACUAACAAAUUUGACAGAGUAAUCUAAAUUAUUAAUGCUACGUGGCAACUCAUUUCCUAUUUCUUUAAAUUGAAAUUCUGGCUGAUGAACUGGUCUAAAGUUAAGAAAGCACUCACAGCGUCUGCAUACGAACAAUGUCAAAGUGAUUAGUUCAGUGUGGCUAAUGUAAGCAGAGCUAGUACCACCAGCUUUCGGUCCUUAUAGCAGACUCACACGCCUGUGGGUGCAUAUCAGUAUAAUCACACAGUCUGACUUUUUUCCAGAUCAAGAUAUUGUCAAAAGGCUCCAUAAUAUUAUUGGCACUGUGUGUGUCCGUGUCCAACUCGUAAUUCUGGUGCUGACAAUAAAGGUGAGGAGAACUAAUUGCUUUAAUCAACUAAAUGCACCCUUCCUUGACUUUAGUAUCCCAUAACAUCUUGAAAUUCAGGGUGACAGUUAUUCUCCCCUUGUGUGAGACGAACAGUUUUUGUACAGUUUCUAACUUGAGAGUGGCUUCAAUUACAAUAUGAGUGUAAAAAGUGUAACUUAAAUAUAUUUCCAUAAGAAAAGAACCAUUUAUUUGUGAGGAUAACCUUUUUAAGCCAUAUGGGAUAAUGUUUGGUUACCUGGUGAUUAUGCCUAAAAGAAUCUUGUGUGAGAUGAGACCUGACUUUUCCAUCCAUACAUUAUAAAAACAUUAUCUCAUGUAUUAUCCUGCUGAUAAACAAUCAAGUUGACAGUAAAUUUCGAUAUAAAUCUGAUUUUAUCAAUAUUAAGGUGCAGCAUGUGGACUCUAGUGCAUUUAGAAGAACAGAAUAGCAAAUCCCCUUCUCCUUCGGCCACCAUUGCAUGUUUCUACCAGAGCUCAGAAGAGACAGACCAUUCACAUACAGGUUCUUGUAUUUGGUGAGUAGAUGUGCAUUAUGUACUGUUUGGACAAGAAGAGAAAGGGAAACCACAAGGGUUACCACACUGCUAACUUUGAUUUUAACUCAGAAGGAGUCAAAUAAAGGAGGGGUAAUUUGCCUCAUGUAAUAUGCAAGUUCCUAAACCGUGACAGCUGUUCUGGUUUUCUGUCUGUACCCAGCAAACGAUGCACUAAGCUCUUUUUUGCUACGAUAGGAACACCAACCAACUGGAGGGUGUCCACCCUAUUAAAUUUACCACCUCUUGUCUUCUUUUCUCUGCUGUAGAUGACACUUUUUUAAUAAAAGGUAAUUCAACAAAAGCUUUACCAUCUAGAUUUAAAACAAACAUUCUCCCAGGGCAUGAAAAAAAAAUCAUAUACAAGUUGUAUUAAAGAGUCGGAUUUGAUACUUGAUGAUUAUAUCACUUGCUGGCAUCUCACCACCUUCCCUUGUUUUAGGACUCUAGUGAUUGAAGGGUUGGGGAUGGCUGCCAGGCUCUGUGAAGAUCCUUUCCUUCUUUUCUUACAACCUUUCUGUUGGAGACCGGUCAUGAAUCCAACAGAUAAGGGACUGCAGAUUUACAGUUACGAUAUGAAUAAUAAAUCACAAUGAUCAGUAAUAAAAGGAAGAUAUGUAAUGUUCCUACAAGGACAUUUUUUAUGUAGAUAAAGUAUUCUUCUUAAUGUUUCCUCCUUAGAUGUAAUAAGAAUUGAGGGAUCUGCCAAUGUGACUUUUAAAAUUUAAAAAGUAUGUGGAACUGGUAGACUCUUUUAAAUCCUUCCUGAAGUUUGGCACGUGUGUUUUAGCGAUAAAAGUUUAGAGGAUGAGAGGGGGUAUAUAAACGUAAAAUGAGAUGAGAUGAGAAUAAAUGAGAGGAAAUGAGAACACAGGAUAUGAGAAUAGAUGAGAACAGAUGAGAUGAGAGGACCAGUGAAAUGAUAAAAGUUUAGAGGAUAAGAGGAGAUAUAUAGGCAUAAAAUGAGAACAGAUGAGAUGAGAAAACAUAAGAGGAAAUGAGAACACAUGAUAUGAGAAUAAAUGAGAACAGCUGAGAUGAGAACACAUGAGACGAGAGGACCAGUGCAAUGAGAUGAGAUAAAAUGUACUUUUUUGUCCUGGAGGGCAAAUUUGUCUUGGGUGAGGAACAAGAAGCUCAGUACGACUUACAUAAUUUAACACAAGAAGCAAAACAGCACACAAGACAGCAAGUCUGACUGUUGUUGUACAGAUUAAAACAGUUCUAUAAAUAUGCACAGCAAUGUAAAACCUGAACUCAACAGUUUCAAAGACUUAGACCUUAAGGACUGAAGUAGAGCUACGAUGACAUACCAAGUCAGCCAGUUUCAAGAGGAUAACUUGGGAGGUCUGCAGUUUGAAGCCAGUCCAAACUUUGGUUUCUAAUAAUGCAAGUUUGAUUGUUUUACCAUACUUGGAUCCACACACUCUCCAUUUGUCCUUGCAUGUCUUUCCAUACGCCUCUACACAGCGUGUUUUCUCAGAAUGUUCCCAGCACUCUCUCCUCAUGAUUUCAACAUGUUUUCCCUGAUUCCCUCCUGAUUUUGUUCAUAUUUUGUCUACAUAACCUGCACUCAUUUUUGACAGAUUCUCAACAUUAUAAAAUAAACAUUUCCUCAUACAUUAUUAACAUAUUCCCCACACAUUACACAAUACAUUCCCCACAUGCUCUCUCAAUGGCAAACUCGCAUUCUCAGCACAGUUUCUGCACUUUCUUAAUAUGUUGCCAUAUAUUAUUCACACUUCCUCAGUUUGUUUACUGUUUGUGCUUGUAGAGCGGAGUGUUAAACCAUCGAUUGUCAUUUGUCAUGUUUGGGCAAAUUCAGAUGUGGAUUAUAUGGCUUUGUGCAGAGGAUGAUUUAAGUCACCUGUCAAAGGUUGGUAGCUGUAUCUAUGCUACAGUUAAAGUCUCUUUUGUGAAUCCAACAUAAAAGUGUUUAAAAAAAAACCCUCUAAAUUAUAGCUCUCAAUCUUUUAAUACAUGCACUGAAAGCAGUUUAAAUUACACAGACUGAAAGAUGUGAAUAGAGGGUCAUCAUGUCCACACACUGCUGCAUACAUCCCCGCAUAUACCCAGGCACACAUGUCCUCUCCUUACCCGUCACUCACACUGCAGCGCUUGAGAAAACACACUCUUAGGUGUAAUAAAAAGCAGAGCCUGUGGUGCCCUUGAGCCGAGAUCAGAGAUUAUUCAAGUCCUCCCUGUCAGAUUUACAGGGCUCUGGAACACAGGGUAGAUUGAAUCUGCGAUCACUGUCACGCAGGAUGUCUUUUAGUCAGACAUUUGUAUUCACACAGGCACCUGGAUGAGCUCUUCAUCAAACACUGCUCACCUGCUUUCGGGAUGUGUGUUAGAGCUGAGUUUGUUCUGUCCCCGGAGUGAUCCUCUACCUGACAGAGAUUAUGUUUAGGGAUUAGUAAAUAGAGAAACACAUUUUCUCGUUUCUUUUCUUCAGAUAGGUGGAGGGAAAAAAUGAAAAUGUGCUGCAAUGGUCCAGAAGAUUCAAACAGCUUGGAAAUUCAGAGUCAAUGUAAAAGUACAAAAGAAAUUAGAUGAAAAAAGUGUGCUGUCGAGGCAAAAGCUUACAUGAAUGCCAACUGCAAGCAUGCCGCAAAUACAUGACCAGUGCAAAAUCAUAGACCCAAAAUCCUGAAAUUGAUGCAGAAGAAAGACUCUUAUCACAACAUGAGCACUCCUGCUUGGAACUAGGUCCUGGAAAAAUCAGACUCAUACAUUCAUAGAUAUAAUAUACAUAGAUGUCCCAAAGACUGACGCUGCCUGUUGGAGGUAGACUAAAUUAAUCAUAAUUCCCAGAAUGCUCCAGGACGCUGUCACCCAUUAAAAAUAACCAAAACUAUUUUUCAAUCUUGUGAAAUAUAAUCCAAUUAGAUCUGAUUUCAAUUCUGUGCCAGUUUUUGCAGCCUUAGGAGGCAAAAAAUACAGGCAUUAUAGUUGCUCGCUCUCUGUGACUGCGGUGGGUUUUAGUGCGAGCCCAGAGUGAGGAGACCCAUCGACACUCAAUCACACUCCGGCUUAUAAUGAAGCGUCUACAUGUAUUACGUCUAGGGUCCACAUGUUCCCUUAGUAUUCUUCAUGUUUUAAACAAGUCCUUUAAUUACUCUUUACAGAGGUUGCAUUAUUGUUCACUCUCUUUGUGUACGUCAUCCAUAUGCUCACUAUCCAGUUCUUUGCAUCUCCAUAUGAUCCACUCGCCUCAUACGUUUACCGCAGUUUUGACCUUGAAUCAUUUAAUGAUUUAAUUUCAGUUGGGUAUUUUUUGGAUUUUGUUUUUGAAUCAACAUGUUCAUUUCAGACUUGUCCCCUAAUUGAUGCACGUCCACACAGAGGAGUGCGUGUUUGUGUUCGCCCCCCACCACCCUUACAUUUCUUAUAUUGAUUAAGCAAGGUGAAGUUAGAGAGAUAUGUUGCAUGGAAAUUGCUUACACUGUAAAACAAAGUGUGCUUGGACUCGAUAAAUCAUUACAACAUGAUAAGAUGUAACUACAAAGCCUCUUUUUUAAAAGUUAUCCCCAGUGGAUUAAUUCAGAUGUAUGCAUGUUCACGUAUCUGUGCUCAGUUUUGACUAUAAUGACUUGUCCAUACCUCAAGAGACAGAGAGCUCAAGGGCACUCUGAGCUAAAGGGUCCAUAUUUAACUAAAAUAGACACACAUACGCACACGCGCACACACACACACACACACAGUUGUAUCACAGCAGCACACUGAUGGGUAAUUUAGCACAGCAUCAUUAAUAUGAAUGAGUCCAAAGUGUGUCAGAGGACCCUGAGGUGGUGAUGAUUGUAUUCUUCAAGGAUCCAGCAGUGGAUGGAUAUCUCUGUUACAGAGCUCAGCCACAUCCUGUCUGUAGAAGACAUUUCAUUAAAAUGAGAAGCAAUAAAGAGGGAGAUUGAUGCUUUUAUUUUGUACACAGAUGAAGGGAGACAAUGUGAAAACACCACUGUGACCUUAUGGCGUGUAUGACUCACAAGAUAGACUCAAUAAACUGAGAAAAGUUUGGAGAUUUUAUAAUGCAUUUUAAGUCCUGCUUAAAGCUUAAUGAUAGAGCUCAUGGCAGAAUAUCAAUAAAAAUGAUUUCACAUUAGACAUGCAAAGCGUUACAUAGUAAACAACUCCCAUUUCCAGAGGGGGGUUUUGUCCUUCUUUCGCCCAGUUGUUCACACACUAUCUGCUACUGAUUUUUGUUUUAACGGUUAUAAAUAGUGCUGUAGAAAAUAUAUUUUUUCUUACAUAUACAUAAUAGUCAGCCCACUGUAACAAUUUGAAAGCCAAGGUCCAGCCAUAUUAUUCCUGUAGCCCGCCUACUAGGAAACCAGUUGGAGCUAAACCAUUCCUACUUCCAUCUUUUGAGCGAUUCAAGAUGUCAAAAGCUAAAGUAGACAGUAAACUGCUUUGUUGUUGUUUGCAAAAACGAAGGUUUCCACAUUAAGUAGCACAUGAAAGUUAAGUGGGAAUAACACUGAAGUUUUAAUGUACCACUCAGAGACAUACUGCUGUUACCGCAGCUUUAAGAUUGUGCACCUUAUGUGUCAUGUACUCGCAUGGGUUCUUCUGGAGGGCUCACCAUACAUCCAUCUGCACCAGUCAUCACCAUCAACCCAAAGACAACAUUUAGGCAGCCAGUCAGCUCAGUGCAUCACUGUCAUAGCAUCCCCACCCACUCAGGUCACUGCAUAGAUGAUGAGGUUAGAAACUAAGAGGCUGCAGAGCCUACACAGAGGAUAAAUUUGAAACAACAACAGCAACAACAACAGACUGCUAGUACAUGUUAUACAUGGCUGAAAAUACCACUGACAGCACAUUCACCCUGAUAUUAGCAAAUAAAUAUAUGCUAUUAUUGGUUUUGAUAACAAUACUGAAACAAAAAAUACUGGUGGACCAAGACGUCUGCACAGUUCUGUAAAAAACGUUUUUUCUUACAUGGAAUCUAGCAAAUCUAAUCUUUAGGAGAGGCUGAGCUAACAGCAAAAUUGCCACAAAUGAGAUUAAAAAAAGAGAAAUAAACAGUAGUUGUACUGCAAAUACACCAACAAUGUAAAUGUGAACACCACAAACCCAGAAAGCAAAUAAUCUAUAUUCAGCCACUCCAACACUCUCUUAAAUAAAACACAAUAUUGGAUAAUAUCUUUUACGAGAAAGCAGAGUAAACGCAGGGUGGAUCAUACUCUAUCCAAACUCCCCAUGGAAGCGCUCUGACGAGGAUUUAUUCAAGUUUUUAGUUCAAGUAGAAAUUUAUUUUGCUUUACUUUAACAACUUCUCUGCUCCAAAAACAAAGAGUCCAUCAUCAAAUCUGACAAAGCACUUUAAGUUCAAUUACAUCUCAUCAUAUCAUCUAUAUAAACAGGUAUCUUCAUGCUGGUGUGGCCAACAAACUCUUGCUCCGUUGCAAAAGCCCAUCAGUGGUCCGAUUUCCUGACAUCCUCAAAUCGAUCAAGACUGUCAAACAAACAUGUCAAAGGUUGUUUUGUUUCCCCCUGAAAACAGAUCUGACAAAUUUUGCAUUUUAACUUUAGGUGUAUUUUAUCAGGAUGUUAUUUCAGCAAACAUAAGAACAGUAAAUUAUAAGUUAACAAGAAGAAUAAAUAGGGAAUAUAAGGCUUUUAGGGUUCAGUUUUGAGGAUAUCAAAUGAUAGCAUUAAUUUAAACCACUGCUUUUGAGCCUGUAACAGUCUUUUCUUUUUUAAAACAAUAAACUUAUUUUAUGGCUUCAUAUUGCAUACUACCCAAACCUUUUUUUAGAUAUGAAAUGCACAGUUAUGCAAAUUCUUGUUUUCGAAACCUUUGAAUCACACUAACUAUAACAUAGACACCCACUUUUGCUGCGCUUGUGUUAUUUUUAUAUACUGCUUCCUGUGUGCGCCUGCCCACAACUUGUGAAUGCUUAUGUGACAUAGGUUUUCAAGCCUGUUGGUAUGGAUGCUGUUUUAUCAGAAUAAAAAUGUCCUAGUGUGGAUAUAAUCUGAGGAUCUGUCCAAUUCAAGUUUUUUUCUCUUAACGUUAGGUCUUCUCAAAAACAAGCCCCCAGCAGAGAUGAUUCAGGAGUGGGUUUACGGGACUCUUUUUUUUCUGUAUUCUGUGAAUGCAUCUGUGUAAUUCUUCUGCAGCUAACUUGCUCUUUAUGGCUUCCACAUAUAGUAACUUUUUUACCCCCCCAGUAUGAUGCAGCCCACAGUUCAGUAUCAGUUAGCUCCUAAGUGCCUAUUGCUUGGCAACACUGCCUCCAUCUCCUCCAUAUUCAGCCUCAACCGUUUUAUAGGCUUAUAGAAAUAAGUCUCUCUCACACACUGACGCACACACACAUAGUUACACCAUUUCUUCUUCUAUUUUUUGUGUAUGAUUAGUGUGAUAAUGCUAAUUAAUCCGAGGCUCUAUGUGCGUCUGUCGGAGGUGUGCGUAGUUGCCGGUGUCUGUUCGAGAGUGCUUUUUUGGUGCUUCUCUCUUUGAUGACCGCAGCAGGGGAGCAGAGGAGAGAACACUUUACAACAUGAACCAUUCCUCACGUCUUCCUGAAGCCUAAUGAUAAUGAUACAGCUGUCCCUGUGCAACUGAAAGCUGCCAAUACAUCCUCUAUCCAUUAGUCCAUUAGAGAGGAGGGAGAAGGAGAGAGGCAGAACGAUGGUUAACUUGCAGUCAGGAGUAGGAAGAUUCAGAGACAGGUGCAGCCGCCGGAGAAGGAAAAAUAGAGAUCUUGUUUACAGUAGUCUGAUGUGUCUUGCAUCAUUUAUUUUACUCUAUAAACAUUUGAAGUGCAACAAUAAACUGUAUGAAGGAAGGGUGUUGCAGAUGUGUCAUCACCCAAUAGUGUUUCAGCUGCCCUUUGGUGUCUCGAGGUUGGCAUGUUGGCUGCAGCCACGCUGGUUUCCUGCAAGAAAUAACUAUUUGCAUGAAAGAAUGGUGCUUGGUUGGUAAAUGUGAAAGCUUAACAGUCUAUACCUGUGGCAGAAACAUUAGUAUGGGUCUGUGUUUGUGGUGGUGGUACUUAUUGAAAAAUAAGGAUAUAAAAAUCUUGAGUUUUGUCACUGAUGGUCUUGAUUGGUUCUGUAUAUCAUUAAAAGGCAUCAAGAUACUGUAACUCAGUGGUAUGGAAAGGCUAAGUGCCAAAUUAAAAGGCAAACUAUGUCUAAGUGAAACUAUGUCUAAGUGAAACUAUGCGGAGGGGAGACGGUGGUUGAGAAGGGUCUCAGACCAAGCUGACUGGUGAUAAAAAAUACUCUUUUGUAAGUACAAGGACACUUAUUUCUUUAACUGAUGACACACUGUUGUGUUGUUGGGGUUUUUCUUUGUUUACCCUUCUUUUUGUUUUGUUUUUUUCCCCUCAUGUUUUAUCAUUUUCUUGUCAUUUUCUACCUUAUUUGAAUUGAAAUGAUGUUUGGUUCUAUGUAAAUUCUGAAAAUAAAAUAAAAUCUGAUUAUUUAAAAAAAAAAAAGGGCAUCAAGAUGAAUUUCAGUCGGGUGAGUCCCAGAAAACCAAGUGGUCGUGUUUCUAAAUCCUGUCAUGUUUUCACAAAAAAUAAAUUUGAGGUAAAUUCAUCUUAUGAGACUAAAUUAAUGACUUUGUUUUUGUAACAUAAAAUUUUUUCUCAUAAUGUAACAUAACAUUAUAUAUAAAGAAAACCUCUACUACGACUUUAUUCUCAGAAAACAACCUAAAGAAUUUUUGUUCAAUGUGGCCCUUAUACUCAGUUAUGAUUUUCUUUAUAGGCACAGAGAUCAGACCUCUCUUUAUGCCUUUUUAACAUGAAGACUUAGUCUUUAUGACGUCAAUGUCAUUCACUGAUCACUACACAGCUCUCCUCUGCAUGAUAAUUUGCACAGCUGUUGCAUAACAUUUUGAAAAUACAACCGUCUGUAAAUACUUUCCGAUCCCAAAACUUUCCUACAUUGAUCUGAUCUGUGUUGAAGUUGAAUCAGUUGACCUCAGAUAUCUUGUUUUCAUGAUCCUGGAAUAGCUGAAACUUGGUCAGCUGCCCAGUCCUCCUGCUGCUGAGUGCUGAAAUGUACUUAAAACUGGCACAACACUUCCAGUUCCCAAAAAAGCUUUAGUGCAGACUUCUUAGCUUGUCUGUGAGUUGAAUAAACUGAUAUUUGCUCAGUUAAUCCCCAAAAGGUAUAAACAAUACAAUCACAGCUGAAGGUUUAAGUUCAGUGACUGAGUUAGGAAAGUGACAUCUAUCAGACAGCUGGCAGCGACAACCUGUCACUUACAGCUAUCACACCCCUGAUUAUGCAUUACUUGAGGCUCAGUCUAAUUAAAACGAGUGAGUGAUAUAGAAAUCCAUCCCCCAUUAUCACCCUAACCAGUUGGGAUGGAGAAAAAGGUUCAGGCUGUUCUCAGUGAACAGCUCGACUUCAACUCCUGUCAUGACAUUUGCUGCUGUAUAUCACCCCCGAGGCAGUUGAUUCAAAGCUGCUGUUUUAUCCGUACAACUUUCUGAAGCCGUCGAGGGUGACUCAUCCAUCAGACAGCGAUCUCUCCUGCUUUGUCAGUGUGAGCAGUGGAAGGCGGUGUUUGAUAUUUGUUUAUGUUUUCGUGUAUGACCUUGGGCAGCACUCAAGGCUGAUUGAGUUUGAGAAGAAAGAGCGACGACAAGCUGACAGGCUGAACGCUGUGAUACCAGCCUGGUGGAAAGCAGUGUGGAUCUUGGCAGGUAGAAGCAGCUGUCAUUCAGGAGUGGAGCCACGCGCUGGGUACAAAUGAGUCACUGUGGUCUGCGAAUGCCUUUGAAGGAGAUUACUUUCUGUCUUUUUCACUAAUUGAACAAAAUGUUUGGAGCUGUUUUCAGCUGCUCGACAGUCUUGUCAGUGUUGCUCCCUCUAAAACGUCCUCAGCCUUUGCACUGCAUCUCUUUGAGGGGGUCAUUGAAACUCACUGAAACAAAACCACCAAAGGAAUCAACGCUGUCUGCUUUAAUUCACCUGGUUAAACUCAUCACACAAAACUCAAUAAGCGCUCAGACAGCACAGACCUCUGCCAGCUAAAGUAUCCAAUCUGACUCUCAAAUCCGUGAUGAGAAUUGAAAACGGGUAAGUGGUCCCAGGUCUCCAUUGGUUACUAUUUUGUGCAACUGGCAACCAGUUUUUGGCCUCUGGCUGUGUGAAAUGUAGUGCCAGCAAAGUGCAAAACUUCUGUGAGGGUAGAAACCUGGUGGAGCUAACCUUCCUCCUGUGUUUGCUUGUACUACGCACCCACUAUGUUAAGGGUCGGUUUUGACUGGUGUCUUAAAUCAGCUGCAAAUUACACUAAAAAUAAUUCUCUAUCAAAAUAAUUCUCUAGGUUACCUUGUUAGGAUUCAUUAUCCAUGAAAAUAUUGCCUAUAAUAUUUUUUGUUGUGGGCCUCUGGGCCUUUCUUUGUCAGUAAACCCCUCACAUAGACACAGACAUCUAUACUGAACUGAUUUCACAUGUCUGGACAUGCCCAAUGUUGUUUUUUGUGCAGGUAAAAACAUGGAAAAAUGAGAAUUUUCUAAAUCUCACAUGAUUGGAAGAGGAUCUGACUGACAGUGUGGUGCCUGACAGCACACUUAUGAUUUCAGUUUUUGCUCUAAUUAUUAGAUAUUUUAAUAACCGGGUCAACAGAGACCCUAACACGACAAGUGCCAUAAUUUUAAUAAGAGCAUUUUAUAAUUUAGUCAAUUAAAUUUUUUGUUUUUAUUUUGUUGAAUUAGAGGUUCCUGACAAAGUCAAAAAGCCUUGACGCAAAAAAGCUCAUUUAAGUGGUUCUUUUAAGCAUUUAAAAUCAAAGCUGGGUCGGUGCAGAUCCUAACACAGGAGGAGGGUCAAGAGGAGACAAUCUAUUUAUGCAAAAUUCAGGAUUUUACCACCCUGAGAUGUUGACCUACAAGUCAGUUUGUCAGUUUGAUUUAAAUGUCAGGGGAUUUUAAAGGGCAGUGGUGAGCCAUCUUGACUGUUCAUUUGUUGCUGUGAAUGCACCUUUGAAUGCCCGUAUGGUUCCUGAAAUACACAGAAAUGUAGACUAAAUGAACGCAGGUGGGGCGGUCCAUACUGGUAUUGGACAAAAAGCAAAAAAGGGCCUUUGUGAAACUUUCAGAUGUUGCGCUCUAGAUUUUUAGAUCCUGGUUAAUCAAUCACUCAAAGAUGGAUUGGUUGUUUUACGAGAACAGAUCUAAGUCCGUCCUUUCCAUGUCCUCUCAGCUGAUUUAUCCAUUCUGAGCUGCUGUACAAAACAUGGCGGUGCAUCAUGGCAGCCUCUGGAGACAGGACCCAGUGUUUCUUUGACGUAAAAGACUUUUUCAAAUCAAUCAAAACUGAAACAAUUAUUUUAAUUCCAUUCAAUAUAAACUAAAUCAAACAAACUUCUGCAUUAUAAAUUCAACUUCUUGAGAGAAAUGCUGCUAAAUUCUAAACAAUGUUCCUCUAACUAGAUGGUUGUUGAUCCAGUUUGAACACUGCUGUUACACAUUUGCUAUGUUGCGAUAUCUGCCAUGAAAAUUUAAUUGGAAGCUGGCGUCAAAGAUCAUCUUUUGUGUGUCUUCUUGCAUAGUUUAUGAGGCAUCUUCUUAAAACAAUGACUGCGGGGUGUUACAGCGAACCCUCAGCCUGAAAAAGUCUCCCUUAUGAAAUCCAUUCCUUCAAGAUUUGGUGGAGAAAAAACAAGGUUACCCACGAGGUGAUAUGUGGAAGACAGACAGAAUGAAGUCUGUUUGAUGUGUCUGUGUCAGAGAAAUGGUUCAGGGGAAUCAGCUCUCUAGAGUUUGUCAGCGACGCUCUUCCUCUAAUCUCACUUUACACUCUCAUCCUGCUCAAAAGAAAAUCCUCUAAUAGGAGGUGUCACUCGUCUCCUGAAAGUUGCAACCCUAAAAGUUGCUCUGCAGAGAUUUAGAUGUUACAACAUGUGACAAAAGCUGCUGAGUUCAGUAUCCGCAGGCAUAUCGUCUCCUUAUGUUCCUCUGGUUAGUGUGGAGAUAAAGGAGGUCAAGUUAUUUAUGUUUGAGGCCUUGCUCACACUGCAGGCAAAUCGGAUUAUUCUCAAAUAAUACCUCUAUGAAAUACUGCCCGCACUGUUUAAUGCAGGUAAACUCGUGACACACCUGUGUCUAGAAUCACAAACUUAUUAGUAGGGGUUGUUGUACUAAAAACAAAGGCUUUACAUUGCACGCUCAUGAGGUUUGAAGGUCUGUUUCCUCUUUUUUUUAGGCUGAGCUGCAGAGCUGUGUGAGGAAGCUGGGUCACAAACAGCUCCAGUAUCUGUGAUGUGAUGCUCUUCCCACUCAGUAUUUUGGAUUCAAUUUGGAUGCGAUGCUGUUGCGGUGUGCUACACUGUAAAAGAUACUUUGAGAUCCAAUAAGAGCUUUCAGAGUGGAGAUGCAGCUGUCGUGCGCCAGCUCGAGAGCUGUAUUUACACCAACCUUCAACAGUGGUUCAAGUUGGACCGGCAAAAAAUAGUGUUUUCUGUAGUAUUUUGUGUUUAAUGUUAGUGGAUAUGCAAACUAAGCUGAGGAGUACUGUCAAGAAAGCCAAAAUAACUCCUAAUGUUAUUGAAUUUGCAGUGAUUAGAAGUUUUUUUUUUGUUAUUAAGCCACAAGAAGUCUAACAUCUCUGACUUUUUUUAUGUCCCCAGAUAUCAACAUGGCAGGAGAGCCAAAGCCGUACAGACCCAAGAUGGGCUCCAAGAGGCCUCUGUCGUCCCUCUACAGGUCUGUGAGGAACAUGUUAUCUCACCGUGACCAUCAAAUAUUUCUUCGCUAUUCUGACGUUUUCUCUCUGUGCUUGCUUUCAUCUAAAUGUGUAAAGAAAGAGGCGAUGUCAGAAUAGCUUUUGAGACCUUUUAUCCAGCCCAAGUUAAACUGGCUGGAGGAUUAAUGGGACCCAGUGUUGGAAAUGAGAUGUUCUUCCCCAACAAUAAGCACAUCCACGAGAAGUUAGCUUAACAAAGAAAUACAGCUGUGGUUUGUGGGAGCACAAAGCUAACCACCAUACAGAUUUUUUAAGCUCCAGGUUAUGUGCAAACUAUGUAUUUUUGCCUUUAAAUUCAAGCAUUUAAGUUGCCACCCACGUAACAAAUUCAUCCUUUUUUGUGUAAAGGCAGUUGUUUUGUUUUCAUUUUCUCCCUGUCUAACAAAAUCUACAAACAUUCAGAAGCACAAAACUGAUUCUCCAGCUGAAAAAGUCUGUUUAAUCUCCACAGUGGCUACGAGUUUGACUAUGACUACUACAGAGACGAUUUCUACAGCAGGUAUGUAAAACCUCUAUUCUGUAGCACAUAAAACAGCAGACUGUGCCUUUAAUUUGUCUUUUUUUAGCCGGUUUUCUCCUGAUAUCUUCCCCUUUAAUGCGCUCCUCCUCUCACUCCACUUCUGAGUCAGCUUCAGCAGGUGGAGGAUAGGUUUUGAGCUGAAUGGCCCCAUUUCCAUCAGCGGUAAAGUAACUACAUUAUUAUAGACAUAAUGAAUGCCGCAUCGGGAAGGUUAUUAUUCCUCUCGGUUGGCUUACUAAUGAUGCUUUUAACCACAUAGGCGAGUACAGAAUGUCAGAUAGUCCCCCGGCUGGUCAUUUGCACCGGCGAGGCAGAAAGUGUAUCUUCCUUCUGACAUUUUCAUUGGUUUGUUUACUUCCUCUACUUUGCAAUAUUACUGAGAGUCCGAAGCCUCAGCUUUGAGUCAUUAUUGCUAUUCUGGCAAUUUGAUGUGUCACACGGAGUGGGGAGCAGGGUUUGAUUGAACAGCUGCAGCGUUGUUCAAUAUGUACCACUUUGAUUCAAACAUCUUUUGCAGCUUGUCUUUAAAGUGGUUUGUAAACCUUUUCUAUCGCUUCGACAAGAACAGAGAAACUGCACAAGUGUCUACUGGAAAAGAAAGGACUCAGUGACUCACAAUAAGGAAUCCAGAAAAAGGCUCUCACUUCUUUUGAAGUGUGUUUGUCUGAACUGUUUCAUUUUAACAUUUCUUUUGCUGUUAAAAUUGCUUCUGCUUUGUUUUUUUCUGCAUUCUCAGACUCUUCGAGUACCACGGUCGAGUCGUGCCUCCGACCAGGGCUGUGAUCCCCAUCAAACGUUCACGGCUAGUUGUCCCAUCUACACGCAGAGCCAAAUCCUCCUUCCCGGUCAGAGCCUGUUCAUUCUCCUCCUCCUCAUCCUCUUCCUCCUCCAGAGUUUUGAAUGUCGGCUCCUCCACAACAACCCCUAAACGUACGUUUUCUUUACCCUCUGUUUUUGUUGUUUUGGAUCACUUUGUCCUAUAUUGAAAAAUUAAUCUCUCAUUACUUUUUUGCAGUUUUUCUCUGUGAUGUAUUACUCUAACAGUUAUUGUUGAUAUAUCAAAAUUAGGCAGAAAUACCUUUUAGUGCCAGCACAGGAAACACAGCCAGACAAGUUCAUGGUGGCAACUGACUAUUGUUUUCACCAUCUGGUUAAUCUUUGAGUCCUUACUUUUUUUAUGAAAUACACUGAAAUCCAUCUUGGUGCCUGACCAUCAGCAGCAAGACAAGUGAUUUUUAUAUCCUAAUUUUUGAUGACUACAGCUGGUGCGAAGGGAAGGUGUUAGCUAAGCUGCAGAAGAAACAAUCCUGUCCCAAUAUUACCAAUAAAUCAUUAAUUUGACCGUCAAAGUCACUUAAGCAUGUAGAGUAGAAGUUAGCAACUGCUCGGGUAAACCAAAAGAAUCAACACACAUUCAGUCUAUUUCAGAAAAUGUAUAAAACUCCUCAGAGGAGCUUUAAGAAGAUUGAUAAUAGAUUGAUUAUUGACUUCAUAUGUUACACCCAAUUUUUUCAACUCCAUCUUUAAAGGAACAGUUCAAGAUCUUAAAUAUAAGUCUACAACUGGUAACCCUAAGGAUGAUUAGAAUAAGUAUUAGUGUAAAACUAGGAGUAGUUUCAGAGUAACAUAAUCACAUCAUGAAAGUUUUAACACAAGCUUAAAAACUUUGUGCUAAUCUUUUCUGUCGAUAAAAGUUUAUUUUUCCUUAUCAGUAGACAUCGAGACGGUGGCUAAAUCCUUGCGAUCAAAGCUCAGGUGUUAGGAAAGUGUUAUUAUCUUGACUGACUGCUGGGCUGUUUCGCACUGCUGUGUUUUCUUACAGUUAUGAAUCGAUAGCUCUCUCACAAUCCACUGAAAUAAAACCCCAAAAACUUUGUCUGCAACUCUUUGACCUUUUCACCUCUUGUGCCUGUUCCGAAUAUCUCACUGUCAACUUCUAGACGUAGAAGAGUAAUACAGUGCUUCUUGCUGCUGAAACUGUGCAUCUGUCUUCUUGGCAGCCAUCACAUUAAUGAUGCUUUUUAACUUUAUAUAUGUUUGCUGUCAGUGAAGACAGACCAGCUCCUUACUAUCAAAAAGGAGCUGUCACAGAUCAAGACUAAGAUCGACUCGCUCCUGGGGAGGCUGGAAAAGAUUGAGAGGCAACAUCGCUCUGAUGCUGGUAAGGUUUAAAGGGGGAGGACGUGUCUGCAUGCAGAAACACACACAUGAGGAAAAGAUGGAGAUGUUUCAAACUAAAAGUGUCAAACAGGGCAGAGUCAUGCUGGAAGUAUGUAAAUGACAUAGAAAGAGAUCUAUCAGCGACUAGAUCAUUCUUGGACUGAAACUGCUGCUCUCUACUCAUCGCUCUCUCUUUCUCAGAGAUGCAGAGGAAACAAGAGGAGGUGUGUGAGUGUCUCCAUGGCGACGCAGUGGACCACUCCGGUGAAGAGGAAGUGGAGGGGACAGCCGAAGUGGAGGCGGGGGAGAUGACGGAUGGUGGCGAAGACGACUUUGAAGACGAAGGCACCAGUGAUAUGGUAAGCUGGCCAAGAGGCCAUUUACAGUCUGAACAAGGAGUGAGUGGGCUGACUGAGAGAGUGGGAGUGAAUCUCUGUGAGUCUUCUCCCUUAUUAAUGCAUGCCUGAGUGGAACGGCUGCGUGAUCUCUCACAAGUGUUUGUAUGUUGGUAUGAGCUCUACUUUCUGUGCAUGUGCUGAAGUUAUCCAGGUUCAAAUAUGGUAGUUCAAUAUUUUGAGAAGUUUUGGCGGGAAAUGAGAUCACAAGCCUGCUGCCGCUAUCAUGUUUGAAUAGAAAACAUUAAAAUUAUUGUUCCGAUUCAGUUCGCUGAGCUUACCAUAAAGACCUGGAACAAUGGCAGAUAACAUUACAUACUGCGUAAAGUAUCAGCUAAAUCAACGCAAACCAAAUAUCCUUUAGAAGAGCUUUAAAGACCCACUCCGAUGAAAAUCAUGUCUUGUUUUUUUAUGUGUUCAUAUGACAUUUUUCUGAUGCUACAGGUCAUAUCAUGAGAAAACUAAGUGUGAAAUUGCAUUUCUGAGUAUUUCUGCAUUCAAAAUCACUGAGAAUCUCUGGCAGACCCGAACGGCAGGUUCAGAAAGUGAGAUUUCCUACAUAGCAAAUCCAAGCUCCGCCUCUAUAGAGAAGAGGACGAUCACGAAACAAGCAUGUGCGUUAGUGGAUUGCAAUACUCGUAAGAAAGCUAAUUAUGAUAUUAACGUUAUUAUCGUGUCCCUAAAGACAUUAAUGUCCAAGAGCUGAAUUGCUCCUAUGUUACCUGCCACUUCUACUACACCGGCAAUGUUAGGAUGCAAGCUAGUGUGAAGACGAGUGUGCAGAGCAGCGCUGUCUCCGCGCACGACUCAGAGGCAAAUUGCGAAUGAGCUACUGGAGCUCUGCAGAAGAAAAGUCCUUGAAAAUGACAGGUGACGCAAUUUGGCUCAAAAUUUGAAGAUCUCUGAAAGGACUUCAAGUAGUAGAAAAAAAAAAGAUCAGAGUGGGACUUGCAUUAAAUUUGCUUAAUAGUAGAUACAUUUACUCUAAAUGUCACACUAACAAGCUUAAUUAUGUUAAUCUGUGAUCUUAGAUGUGCUGGUAGGCAGAUUUUGUGACACUUAAAUUGAGCCUGUUAAGCUAAUCUUAGUUUAGUAGAUGAUUUGCGCUCGCUUCAUGUCCAAUAGAUAAAUAUUAUGGAGGGGCGUCCAUGAAUCUUCUUCCCUGAACCCUCCAGAGGAAAGUGAAACUCUUCCUUUUAGAAGACUUUUUUUUUUGUUUGUGUUUUUUUUUUUUUUGGCUUGCUUUUUCUAUAAAACACACUCUCCAUUCACAAAAACACUGAUAGAUUGAGUUAUUAUAAAUGAAAGGAUGAGUAGAAGAAGGACUUGAUCUUUUUAUCCAGUCUUAUGAAUAUAUGUAUUUGUUUGUUGAAUUGUCUUUUUUUUCAAUUGCAGAUUGAAAACCACAUAUCAGACAUUGACAACUGA